CCCAUCUCAAUUCUCAACUUACAAACAACGACAUCACACCUUUCGCCCCAAAUUUCUUAAAUUUCCAAAUCCAUCGACCUUUCCCUUCCCUUAAAACCCAGUUCCCCCUAUGGAGUAGAUCUAAUAUUUUCUUAAAGAGUGCCGUUGGCCAGAUACUUAACAGAAAUUAAACAGAUGUCUUCGUUUUGUUCAGAUCCAAUCCAUGGAAAGCGCCCGGAACCUAUCGAUCACUUCGACCGUCUCCCCGACUCUCUUCUCCUUUUAGUCUUCAAUAUGAUCGGCGACGUUAAAGCCCUCGGCCGCUGCUGCGUCGUCUCGCGUCGUUUCCACGCCCUUGUCCCUCAAGUUGAAAAUGUCGUCGUUCGUGUUGAUUGCGUCAUCUCCGACGACGAUUCUUCCGCUUCUUCCUCGGUCAAAUCACGUGUCUUCGGUCCCUUUACCAACCUCUUCCGUCUCGUUUUCGGUGGCAUUGUCAAGCCCCUCCAAGCUUUGGGCCAAUUUUUCGGCCCCGAACGCCGCUCUCUCAACAAAACGCUUACUACCUCUUCAUCUUCCUCUUUAUCUGUCGGUCUCGGUGGUGGUGAUGAUGGGGAAAUGGACCAAGGUGGGGUUACCCAUCAUUCUCCGACGCAAGUGCUUCGAAAUUUCAACGAGCUUCGUUUCCUCCAAAUUGAAUUACCCGGCGGCGAGUUAGGGAUCGACGACGGAGUUAUGCUGAAAUGGAGAGCCGAUUUCGGAUCAACCCUUGAUAAUUGCGUCAUCCUCGGAGCUGCUUCCGUUUUAAACAAUGUGCAUUUGCAAGUAUCGGAGCAUGGGAACGACGGAUUCGGCAUCGAUUAUAACAUCUACAACGGCGAUGAUAAUGGUAGUAUCCCCGAGUCAUUUUAUACCAACGGAGGCUUGAAAUUAAGGGUUGUUUGGACUAUUAGCUCGUUGAUCGCAGCGUCAGCAAGGCAUUAUUUGCUGCAAUCUAUAAUUGCGGAGCAUAAGACGCUGGAUAGCUUGGUUUUAACCGAUGCGGAUGGACAAGGGGUGCUUUGUAUGAACGGUGAGCAGCUUGAGGAAUUAAGAGUGAAGCCAUUAUCGGCUUCUUCUGCUUCAAAAAGGACGCUGGUGCCAGCGUUGAAUAUGAGACUUUGGUAUGCUCCUCAUUUGGAGUUGCCUGAUGGGGCUGUUUUAAAAGGCGCUACUCUGGUUGCUAUUAGGCCUAGUGAACAAUCUGCUUCGAAAAAGAUUUCGGAUGCUUCUUGGUUAUCAACUGCUUUUGAAGAACCUUAUGGUACUGCAGCUAAGAUGCUGGUUAAGAGAAGGACUUACUGUCUGGAGAUGAACUCGUUCUGAUGUCCGCUUCAUGUUCUGUGCAGGGAAAGAUGCACCAACGGUCUAGGGGGUACAAGUGAUAGCUUUUUUUAAAGCUGAUGAUAGGACCACAAUUUUGUUACGUAUUGUUGCUUAAUCUAGGGGCAGUGUCCUAUGAAAGCUAAACCUUGCUUUGGAACGCCAGUGACCGUUGUCCCUGCUUUUUGAUAACGCACUUCAAGCGCUUGAGCUUUUGUGCUUUGACUGGUAAUCAAAAUGCAUCUGCUGGUUGUUUUAAUUUUCAGGCAUAUUCAUAUUAAUGUUGUAAUAGCUUUCAGUUUGUAGUCUUUUAUUCUUUUAUCUAAAAUUUCUCUAUAUGUGAAUAUUGUACGUAUGAAGAUGGCAAACUUUAUGUUAUAUACAUGUGAAUUUUAUCAAUAAAAUGUAGUUCGCACUUAGCUUUUCAA